AUGAACGGUUUUGAUAAUAAUCAUGUAUCUAGACUCAUGUUCAAAGUCGUUCCCCUCUCUCUAGCUCCUCUUUUCUCUCCUCCUCUGCUCCCUAUCUCUCUCCCCACUCCCCCCUCUGCCCCUGUCUCUGCCUGUAUCUCCCUCUCUCUCCCAUCUCCUUCUUUACCUCUCUCUCCCCUCUGCCUCUGUCUCUGCCUGUAUCUCCCUCUCUCUCCCAUCUCCUUCUUUACCUCUCUCUCUCCCCUCUGCUCCUCUGUCCCUUCCUCUCCUCUCUCCCCCUAUGCCCCUCUUUCUCCCCUCUCCUCCUCUGUCGCUUCCUCUCCUCUCUCAUCCUCUGCCCCCUCUUUCUCCCCUCUGCUCCUCUGUCCCUUCCUCUCCUCUCUCCCCCUAUGCCCCUCUUUCUCCCCUCUCCUCCUCUAUGUCGCUUCCUCUCCUCUCUCAUCCUCUGCCCCCUCUUUCUCCCCUCUCCUCCUAUGUCGCUUCCUCUCCUCUCUCAUCCUCUGCCCCUCUCUCUCCCCUCUCCCUCUCUCUCUCCUCCUUUUCCUCUCUUUCCCCCUCCUCUUCCUCUGUCCCUUUCUGUCCCCUCUCACUCCGUCCCUUCCUCUCCCCUCUCAUCCUCUGUCCCUCUCUCUCCCCUAA